UUUUGUGUUUGCAAAAACUGUAGAAAGAAGACAACCUUUCUGAACUUCAGCCAGCCUACAGGGCAUGAAUGUCCCACUGAUUUGUGGCACAACAAGGCAGGAUUGUAAAUAUGGGGGUCAGAUGUUACUGAGGAGAUCACAGUAACACUCAACGAAGAAAACACAGGACUUGUAUGAUAAACUGCAAUCUCUCUAUUUACCAAUGGCAUCAUUCGUAUGGGAUUAUUUGUUCUGUUUGCUUCCUUCACUGCUGCUCCUGCUGCUGUCUCUGGGUCUCCGCUGGCCCAGGGUAUGUUGUUGGACGAGGCUGGCUUUCUCUGCUGCAGGGUGGAGACUCUGGGUCCUUAUUUGCCUGAUCCUGGAGCUGCCACUAGACAGGAACAUACGAACAGGGACUGAGGAUAUUCUGUCAGGCUCCGGUCCGGCCUCAGACGCUCCGCAGCUCAUCUGCAAACCCUCUGCUCUCGCCACAUAUCUGCUGCGGCACUGUGGCUCUCUGGCCAGGCCGAGACUAGCCCCCUGGCCCAGAGGAGACCCCCACCUGCAGACCCUGUCCAGCCUGCUGUGGGGACAACAUGGAGACAUAUUACAGUUCACUAGAGAUAAUCUGUUACUGAGGGACGGGGGUAUCGUUGCUCUGGACUGGGCUGUGGGGACAAGACUGGGUGAGUUUGGAGGGAGGAGGAGGUGGGAGGGGAGGAAGGAGCCGGGGUCCGGGGGGAACGCGCUAGGCUGCUUCACCACAACGCCUCCUGUCCUCCUCCUCAUCCCUGGGUCCUGGGGAGGGAUGACCCCCCACCUGAAGGUGCUGUGCCACCAGGCCGUGCGUCAGGGCUUCUACGUGGUGGUGUUUCACGCUCGAGGCACCGCGGGCUGUCCGCUGACCUCAGCACGGCUCACUGAGUUCGGAGACCCAGCUGAUCUUGAGCAGGUGGUGGCCUAUGUCCACAGCCGCCACCCAUCCUCUGUGAUGGUUGCAGUGAGUGAGGGAUCAGGCUCAGGGACUCUUCUCUCCUACCUGGGGGAGAGUGGGUCCAGUUCCUGUCUGAAGGCGGCUGCAGCCAUCUCUCCUGUACUCAGGGGACAGCUGUGGUUCGAAACAGCCAUGCCUCCUGUUUAUCGCUGGGGGGCGUUGAUUCACCGGAAACUGCAGCUCAGUAGAUAUGAGAGUUCCUUAAGGGGAGUCCUGGAUGUGGAUCGGGCCCUCAGCUGUUCCUCCCUCAGAGACUUUGAGGAAACUCUGUCCUGCUCUAGACCUCCAAAAACCUCUCUGAAUUCGGGACCUGAUUCUCCGAGGGUCCUGGCCCCCUCAGUGGCCUGGGCCCUGGGCGAGAGGGCCUACCCAGCCAAGGACUGGGACAACUACUGGGAGAGAAACGAACCUCUGAGGGAUGCAGAUGAGGUGGGGGUCCCUGUGCUCUGUAUCUGCAGCCAGGACGAUCCUCUCCUCCCACCGGCCUCCACUUUGCCCCUUCCCCUUUUCCAGAGCAAUCCAUAUUUCCUUUUAGUGCUGACAGACAGAGGCGGGCACUGUGGGUUCACUCUGGAGGGCCCAGAGGAGACAGAGGGGGGGAGGACUGGGAAGGAGGAGGAGGGGGAGGGAGGUAACUGGAGUCAUAUUGCAGUUCUGGAGUACUUUAGAGUAGUCGCUGAUUUCCUGAAAGGGGAGGAGAAGGAUGGGGAAUAUAUUCAGGCAGGGCAGAGGAGCAGGACCAGCAACAUGGCCCCCCCCCGCAGGAGGAGAGCCAACGUGAUGAGGAGACAGAGACUGCAGCCGACUGAAGAGAGGAGUGGGGAUGAAGAGGAAGGAAACUUCACCUGGAAGAGGUCAAACACCCACUGAGGAGGAAGAGAAGGGGAAGGGGAAGGAG